AUGGCAAUACAAUAAAUUAUUUUCAAAAUACAUUAAAUGUACGAAGUACAAAGAAGAAUAGCAGCUAUUAUAGCUUAACAUUUGGCACAGUUGUGAUAAAGAUCACAAAUUCUUCUGUGGGAAAGAGGGGAAAACGUUGCCUUCUGUCUGCUUUCUGAGUUGCUGUAGUGAUGAGCAAAUGGGUAGGAUCUGGUGUAUACUGAAGUGAGGGCAAUAUGGAAAUAUGGAAUGGGUUCAAGACAUGGGGAGUAAACAUCAGAAAUGACUCAACAUUUUAUUUAGCACCACACCUCUGGGUGUAGUCACAUGCACAUGCAGCUUGUUUGAACUUACUUUGUGUGUGGGCACCUCGGGAUACUUUAUCCGUGUGGUGGCUGCAGGCACUUGUGAAUGUCUAGACCGGAGCCUCUGUCAUUGUUCUGCUUCCUUUGUGCUCUCUGUAUUAUGCAGGAAAAAAUCGCAUUUAAAAGGCCAGUUACAGCAUGUGGAUUGGCUGCUUUUUACCCCUAGAAAAAAUAGAACAACUACUGUGGUUUUGUUUUGUUGUUUAUUUUGGUAGUUUUAUUUUGGUUUGGUUUGUUGUUUGCUUGUGUUUUGUUAUUGGUUGUUUUGUUUUUUAACUUGCCUGGAACUGGCUAGAUUUUGUGCAACGUUUGUUCAUUUUUUUUGGCUUUUGUGGGAUGAUUGAGAGCCAUCUUUAUGCAUGCUGAGACAUACCUUCCUCCCGAGGUGGUCAGUUUGAUUGAAGCUGUGCUCAGCUACUGCUCUGUGGGGCAGAUUCCAAACACACACCACAUGAGCUCAUAGCUUGGCAUGUUAUCUUGCUGGCUGGGGUCAAAGCACACACUUGUGUGUGACUUGUGGAUAAAUAAAUCUGACCCUGCUGUUUUAAUGUCUGUGUACCUUUGGAGUUUCUGGCUCAGCACUACUCUCUUGCUCCUCUGAUGUUAGGGCACAAAAUUCUUUCAUGUUCUUCUGGCAGAGGUCCCUCUGGUGUUGUGGGUUGAUAUGAAGUCAAGCCUUGUUUGAGGGCCACAGUGUCUGUUCUUUUAGUCUGAGCUCUGACACCAGGUGAUUAAUCCCUUUCUGACAUCCUGACCUCACACAUGGGCUCAUAACGAACCGCAAACUAAUGUAAGUGCCCCACACUUUUGGUAGCACAUGGUAUAGGAGUCUUAAGGAAAGCAGUUCUUGUGUUCUGGAAGGCCAGUGGAAUAUUACUUUCUCUCUUCAGUGUUUUAUGUGGAAAUGCUAAUAGGUGGUUCAUUGAGUAAAACCCAGCAAACUGAGGUCCAGGGAAAUAUUACAACAUUUACUGGUUCAGCUAAAUACAAGUCUCUGCAAAAUCUGUUAAGCUCAAGAGCUGACUGGGGCUAUGUGAAGAGCCCAGCAGCUCUGAGAUCUCAGAAUAGUGCUUUGUUGAUGGCAGGAUGCAGAUUUAUUAGAGCUAAUUAUCGUCCGUUUCAUUUUCUGAGGUUGUGUUGAGAGGCAAAAACACACACACACAACUGGAACUUACCCAUUUCUGCAUGCAAGUCCAAGCUUCCAUGAAGUGUCUGUCCAUAUUUCUAGCACAUCAGGUUGAUUUUGAAUUACUGGCUUCCUUAAGCAUAAAGAUCAUGAAUUUUAAGUGAUUGUGGUGAUGUCAGAGUACUGGGAUUUGGGAUCUAAUUUUCUGUACUUAUUUUGAAAGCCAAGAUUUCUGUUAGAUUUAGUCCAUUGGUUCUUGGGAUGGAGGGUGUUUAGGCUCACCAGACUUUUAACAAGGAACAAAAGGAAGUCAGCUGUGAGCAUGCUGCUUGGCUGUCACAUCUCUACUCACCUGUUAGCGUUUCAGGCACAGUCUUGUUUGUUCUGUUUUUCUGAUGUAAUAACUACAGAUGUUCUUAGCAUCUGUUACUGGCUUAGCACCUCAAACAUACUGGGUUUAUGGACAAGGCCAUGCCAUACUCUGAAACGUAUGGUUUGACCUCUGCACACCUCUUGUCUGAUGCUAGGGCACAAGCAGGAUGCUGGUGGCUCACAUGAUCACUUUUUGUUAUUGUUAAUAGUCUGUAACACUGUUGUAAGUCAGGCUAGCAUUUGUGUCUAAAUUAGUGUUUUAGCAGACUAUUUUAAGACAGGCACUGAAUUCAUUCAUUAAUACAACGGUUUCUCAAAUCUUAAAUCUUUGUUUCAUUUCCUGAAAAUUGUGUGUAAUAUUAGCAGCAAUGUAAUACAAGCUAAAAUAGGAUCAGAGUUUUCCUGCUCCAGUUGCUUAUGUAGUCUAAUUUAUCCAUGUGGUCCUGGAUUUAUUCCUGGAAGUAGUGCUGUUCUACUUGUGUUGCACAGGUGCAGAGCUAGCAGAAAGCUUGCAGAACCCUCAUGCCCUGUCUCAGCCCUAGUCUGGUGGACCAAAAAAGGGUUGACAGAUUUGAAUCAUAGAGACCUUAUAGGUCUCAACCCCAGGGCAAGGAAAGAAAAGGAGUGAAGCACUGUUCUGGAGGAAGGAGAAGAAUUUAUUUUGUAGUAGGUAGAAAUUUACAGUAAGCAGCAACAUAUUCCAUAGAGCAUUAAUAGGGAUUUUAAAAUAUUUUAUCUAGUGAUCUGUGUACAAUAUAACCAGUUUCUCCGUGUUACAUGCAUUCUUUGAAUCUAGGACCCAUGUCUUGCCUUUCAUGAAGCUUUAUUGUUUAAAAAUUCACCCCAGACUGAGCUGCAAACAUGUGCUAGAAAAUGCAGAGUGACUUUACACUAAUUUAAUGUUGAUGUGAACUUUUUAACAAUGGCUCUGAGAUUUCAUAAUGCAGCUCCUGCUUGAUCUUUCUUUAUUAUUAGCCCAAUUUCUAAAGACUAGGUUGUUAUAAUUCCUUAUGGCUGGAGUUGGUGAUCUUAGAUUUUAGCAGGCCAAGAGGUUCUGGAGCAUUUUAGUCCUUUGCCACUUGGAGUCAGGAUUUCCUAACACAAGCAGCUUCACGUUACACUGCUGGGAGCCGGUGCUUAUUCUUAACUGUGAGGGGAAAUGCCAUCCUCUAACGUCAAAGCCUUUUUAUUUUAGAAAAAUUCUUUGUACUAAAGACUUCUAUGCUAAAAGUUAUUUUUAUUUUAAAUGCGGUAGUGUUUAAACUGAUUUCACCUAUGCUGUGAGUGGCAUGGAAAUACUUUUCUAAGCACAGUGUAUUUUGUUUGCUUGAGGGUGCCUUUGAACCUCAUGGUAGUUACCAUGUUGUGUAAAACCUAUUUCUGAAAAGGAUGCAGGUUUUCUGUGUGGUUAAGGAAGCAAAAAAGAAUAGUCAGGUAUAUAGUCACUUUUGCCUUGAGAAAUUACUGCUACGGCUUGUGCUUCUGGUUAGCCUGUUACACAGCAGCAAGGGAGAGUCCUCUCACCUGAUGGGUAACAAUUUUAUAUAAUUCCCACAAACAUGCUUUUAGUUGAAAUAUAAUUUUUUACUUAGGUUUUAGGAGGGAUUUUUUUCUGCCAAGUGAACUACAGAGGCAUAGCUGAGAUUAUACUGAGAAACCCUGUGAAGCAGAACUUUGUUUUACUCUGUAUAUGAUAUGGCUGAUACUUAGUUUUGGGUCUGAAGGCACAAAAAUUAAAAUAAUAGCCAACUACACACCCCCAAAUGGCAGAAAGGAGCAAGUGACCAUGAAAACAGAGACCGUAUCCCUGACUGGAAACAGCUUGAGUCAAGCUCAUUGUGGACAAAGGGAAAUCUGCCAGUAUGUAGGCAAUUAGAGUUUUCUUCUGAGAACUUAAAAUGGAGCCCUUAAAAUGAGCUUUCAAAACUCCCAAAUGCCUAAGUCUGUGCAGAUCUCUUUGGAGCACUGAUCAAUUAUGUGAGAGGGUCUCCAAAAGCACAAAAUUGUGACUGCAGUCUUUGUGCUGAAAAUGCAAAUAAUCUUGGCUGAUACAUUUAAUAGAUGCUCUGUCCUUCCUACUCUGGAUAUAGUAAAUUUCUUAACAAUGGUCCUUAUUCCUUAAUAUUCUCUGCAUUGUUUCAGAAGAGGCCAACUGGACAAACUCUUUCCCUCAAAUAGGUUUAGGGAGAAAGCUUUGCAGGGAGUAAGCUAUGGAAAUGAACGGUCUUUAGUGUGUGGGCUUCACCAGAUAAUUUCUCCUCCUAAGCAAACCUGGUACUUCCAGAUGACAUAGGCUUUAUCUUUUGUGUUGACUAAUUUAGCUCUCUUUCUCCUUGCUUUCUUGGGCAUUUUUCUAGUUUCAGCUUUGUCUUUCCUUUCUUUAUACACACAACUCCAUUAGAUUUUGCUUUUUAGUAACUUUGUUUCACAAGAUGAGGCCAUGUUUCUCUCUCAAGCUUUGCCUAAAACUCUUUAACUGAUGGGAAUGGAAGGCCUUGGGAUAACAGGAGAAAAGCAUUCUCCAUUUGUUCUGCAUUUGUUCUGCACGUGGUAAUACUAAACUGACUAUAAGUGGACUACUGUGUUAAACAGUGUUUGCAGCUAUAAAUGUAAGCUAUUGCCAGUAUCUUUGUGGAUGUACAUUUGUGAGGUUGUAUUUUUAAUUUUUACACAUGGACCUCACCAUUUUUCCUUGUUUGUUUUGGUUUAGUUUACAUCAAAUGAAAGAAACAGUUAAAAUUUAUCCAUCUGGCCUGCAUAAGAUUUUAUUCUAUUAAAAAAAAAAAAAUAAAGUCCAAAUACUUUCAUAUUCUUGAGCCUCCAAAUCAAUAUGCUUGUUCUGUUUCCUCAGGAUGAAAAAAUGUAAGGCUGGAAGGUGAUGUUGUGAAAUGACUAGGAAGCCCUUGAUGUAUUUGGCCUCCCAAAUCCAAGUAAAAAUGAAAAUGUGUUUCUAGGAAAUGUCAAGUUGCUUUAAAACCCUGCAAACUUUCAUUCAUUUGAAGUUAGCUCAGAUUAAUUAUUUCUGUUCAUAUUACUGGGGUUUGAUUGUUGUCUGGUAUAUUUUUCUUGUAGGGGUCCAAGAUUAUACAGUGAAGGAGAUGUUUUGGAAGACUGUUAGAAGCCUGAGUAUUGUUUGGCCUGGUUUUAAUAUGUGUUGUUUUCCCGUUAGGCAGGUAACAGGUGAAUUAAAGCAAUUUAAAAAAAUCCGUAGUGUUUUUUCUUAUUGCAAAAUUGUAAAAAUUUUAAAGAUUUUUGCCACCCUACUGCUUUCUAACAACUUUUAUAUUCCUAUCUUGCAGCUGGCAAAACGUGGAUUAAAUGUAGUCAUGAUAAGCAGAACUCUAGAAAAACUGCAGAGAGUAGCCUCUGAAGUUGAGCAGGCCACUGGUCAAAAGGUGAAGAUUAUACAAGCUGAUUUCACAAAAAAUUCAGUAUAUGAGAGCAUUGAAAAAAGUCUGCAAGGUUUGGAUAUUGGUGUUCUGGUUAACAAUGUUGGAAUGCUUCAUAAUCCCCUUCCAUGCCGCUUCCUUAAUGGACCUGACAUAGAUGAGAACCUCAUCAACUGCAAUAUUAUUUCUGUUACAAAGAUGACAAGAAUAAUUUUGAAACAAAUGGAGCCAAGGAAAAAAGGUCUUAUUCUGAAUCUGUCUUCUGGUCUGGGUACUUUCCCUUGUCCGUUAUACACAAUGUACUCAGCUUCUAAGGCUUUUAUAAGCACUUUCUCCAAAGCACUGCAAGCAGAGUAUAAGGCAAAGGGAAUUAUCAUACAGGUGGUGGCACCUUAUGGCGUUUCUACUCCAAUGACAAUGUAUCAAAAACCUGGUCUUAUUACAAAGACAGCAGAAGAGUUUGUUAGUGAAUCACUAGAUUAUGUCACCUUUGGAGAUGAGAUUUUCGGAUGUUUAGCCCAUGAAAUGCUGGCCUGUGUCCUGCAAUUUGUCCCUUUAUGGGUGUUCCACAGCAACAUACUUCAAGAAGCAGUCCUGCAUGCAUUUACCAGCUAUCUGAAGAAGAGGUGGAGGAAACCCUAGCAGAGUAACUUUUUUCAGAAGAUGUACAACAGCAAACCCCAGCAGGAUGCUGUGACUCUAUCUGUGUGAAUGCAGAAGGAAUCAAAUGAGUUUGAGUCAUAGCUGCAUCCAAAUCACCUAUCAAGAGAUAAGUGCUUUGAUCCAAUUUAUUUAUUAAGCAAAUUAAUUCCUGUCCCUUUCCAAAGACCAUAAAAUUUGGUUUUCUAGAGCUGUUAUAGUGACUUUUGUGGGCCUUAGAUAGCUUCUAAGGAAUGUAUGUUACUAUUUUAACAUAAGCUUGGAGGCCACAGAUACUUCUGCUUGUUUGAUGUUCAUGAAUAAAACAAUUACUUGCUUCAUUUCCAAA